UAACAACCACCAUGCCCAAGGCCACUUCCUCCACCUUCAAGGCCGCCCCCACCUCCGCCUCCCAGCGCCCCAAAAAGACCGGCGGGGACGCUUCUGCCGCAGCGGCUGGAGGCGCCAGGAAUCAUCUGUUUGAUACUGCUCGGUUUGGGCAGCAUAUCUUGACGAACCCUCUUGUCGCUCAGGGAAUUGUGGACAAGGCGAAUUUGAAACCCACCGACGUCGUGCUUGAAGUCGGUCCUGGUACUGGUAACCUGACUGUCAGGAUCCUGCCGUCAUGCAGGAAGGUGGUAGCUGUGGAGAUGGACCCGCGGAUGGCUGCCGAAGUGCAGAAACGUGUCUUGGGAAAGCCUGAACAGAAAAAGUUGGAAAUCAUUCUUGGUGAUUUCGUCAAAGCCGAGCUGCCCUACUUUGACGUCCUGAUCUCCAACACUCCGUACCAAAUCUCCUCCCCCCUCGUAUUCAAACUCCUCUCCCAACGCCCCAUCCCCCGCUGCGCCGUCCUCAUGUUCCAACGCGAAUUCGCCCUCCGCCUCGUCGCCACACCCAACACCAAACUCUGGGGCCGUCUCGCCGCCAACGUCCAGCUCUACGCCCGCGUCGAGCACGUCAUGAAAGUCGGCAAGGGCAAUUUCCGCCCGCCCCCGCAGGUGGAGUCGUCGGUGGUGAGGAUCAUGCCAAGGGACCCGCCGCCGCCGGUCAAGUUUGAAGAGUUUGAUGGGUUGAAUAGGAUUAUAUUUAGUAGGGCGAAUAAGACGUUGAGGGCGGGGUUCAGGGCGAAGGGGGUGUUUGAGAUGUUGGAGAAGAAUUAUAGGACGUGGUGUGCCGAGAACGGAAAUAUCAUCGACGACAUGUUUGACAUCAAAGAAAAGGUCGACGCGAUCUUGAUCGACACUGGUUUCUCCGAUAACCGUGCGCAAAAGAUGGACGUUGAUGAUCUCUUGAAGUUGCUCGCUGCAUUCAACGUUGAGGGCAUCCACUUUGCUUAAGAGCCAUCCAUCCCAUCCUUGAUUAUCGUCUUUAGCCUUUCUCCCAGUGCAGGUGUUUAAGCAGAAGGCAGAAACGUGUUGUAACCAUAUAUCGAUACCCAUGUACACCUUUGGCUCUGCUCUUUUGGAAGACGUCAAGGUGGGAGGGAAGGACGAGGGAAGGUGUGAGCGGGUGCAGUGAGGGCCGGGUUUGUGCGUCAUUCCGGAGACCGUCCUCGAGUCAUUGGUGCUCGAGCAGGAAAGUGGGACUGCAUCACGCAGGUAUAGAUGAACCCAUCAUAUCCAAUCAAACGC